AACAACGAAAGAAAGAAAGAAACCCUCGGCUUUCCCUGGUCUUUGAGUCGACGUCUAUGUUUCAAUCAAAGCAUUAUCAAUUAAACCCAGCUUCCUUUUAGUCCAACCACAUCUUCUUCUACCUAUAAAUCUCAUCUCCUUCUCUUCUUACACAAUCACUUUGAUUUUCUCUUCUCCCGAUGAUGCUUGUCUAGGAUUGCGGUUUAUUAAGAUUUGGUGAAGUUGCAGGAGGGUUGGCGGUUUGCGAGAAUUGAAUUUUUGAAAGAUCGAGAUCGAUGUCUAUUUCAGGAAAAGAAGAGACUGGGAGUUUUUCUUGGCAGUCGAGUAAUUAUUCUUCAGGCAUACCUAUCAAGAAAAGAAAGUACCUGAUGUUCCGGUCUCCUUCACCUGAAUUACCGGAGUUGCCAAACAUUUCUCCGACCGAGGCGAAAAUUUCUAGCCCUUCUCAUGAGUUAGAUUCAUCAAAGGUUGACGAUGGAGCAUCAUAUGCAAGCAAGUCGCCGGUUUUGAAUAUUAACGAGGCAAUUACGGCUGAAACAGAUGUUGACUUGGCUGGAGUUGGUAAUCAGAUUAGCAAUGCAUCUCAAGCACAGACUCUAUCAAUUCCAUUGGAUUCCUUACACACAAGAGAGAAGCUGUUUUCAACUGGACAACAGAACAUGAUAGGUGGCAAUAAGCUUGAUUCAGCUCAAGCUGAGGUUUCUGUUGAGUCGACCAGGAAGAAUUUGCCUGGCUUACAGCAGGCUGGUAAGGAUUGUACUCCUGAAUUAUUUCAAAGGCCCGGGAAAAUUGAGUUGUCAUUAGGACCUGAGGAACCCCUUAUUCAUGCGCCGACUGCUGAUCCAGAUAGCAAGAGUGGUAGUGAAAUCCCUGAUAAAAUCGAUACUUCCAAACUGUGCUUGUCUUUGAGCCAGAAUAAUUCUCCAAGUGGUUAUAAAGUUGAAAAUUCUAUGGUAAGUAGUGCCAGUACUUAUUUCCAAGCUAAAAGGUCAAACUGGGAUCUGAAUACUUCAAUGGACGCAUGGGAGGUUCCUGCUGGUGAUUCCGAUAGUCAAGUAACUGUCACGAAACCUUGUCACAUGCAUGAUGAGGAACCUAUGUUCUCUGCAGUACCUAAAGUUGUUAGUGAACCUGAGGAACAGCUUUUUGGAGUGACUCGUAGGAAUUCUGAUUCCCCUACAUCCUCUCAUGUUGACAAAUAUGGAUCUGACGACUAUCUUCAGCUAAGCCUGUCCACUUCCGCUCCGACAGUUUUCAGUGUAAAACAAUCAAAUCCCUCAGCUCAAGUUAAUUCAGGUGCAACUCAGCCCAACCCAGAAUUGGUUGAAGGAUUGGUUUCUACUAGAAGUACAAGUUCUGCUAGUUGUGACACAGUUAAGUCUGAACCCUUUGAUGAAACUGGCAACCACAGAAAUACUGCGGUUGCGGUUCAAGGCAUUCCUGUGAAAUUACCGGAUCAAGUGAACAAGGGACUGAUGGAGAAGUCCAUUACAAAAGCUGUUAUUUCUCCAAAUGUCAGCCUUAAGAAUGUAACUGAACCUAUGUCAAUUAAAUCUGAACCAGUUCAAGAAGGCAAGGAAAUGCAAAUUAUAUCACAAGUGUCAGUUGAAAGGGUUAUUCCAUGCCAAGAAAAUGCUUCUUUAUCUUUAACGUUGUCUCGUGACUCUCGUCAGCCGAAUGAAUCAUUUCCUUUAGGCUUAUUUACUUGUUCGAAGUUGAAAGCGAGUGAGGAUCUACCAAAUCAGUUAGAAAACACUUCUCGCGUGGAAGAAGCCCACAAGGACAAGGGUGAAACUCAAGUAUCCUCUAGAUUGGUUGAUCAAGUUGCUACAGGAAUGCUGUCUCAGUCACUGGGCCUUGACAGUAAAGAAUUAAUUACAUCUGAUGGUAUGACCUACGCUGGUACUGCAUUAGAUGCGAAUGCUGAUAAACCUGAAAAGGGCGAAUUGGGGGCAGAGUGUGUUUAUGCAAGUACCUACAAAAACAGUGAUGGUUUUGAAAGUGAUGAGGAAAAUAAAAACAUAUUGAAUGACAUUCUUGAAGAAGAUGCUUACCGCUCUGAUUCUGCUUCAGAAGGUAAUCAUGAAGUUCUGGUAAAUUUGAAAUCUAAACAUGGCGGCAAAGAAGUUGAUUACGAAGAUGGAGAGGUCCGUGAUGCACUAAUGCAUGUGAAAGCAGAUGUAGCAGUAGACAUGGAGAUAGAAAUGAUUAAUCAGGAUGCUACUGAUUGUACUAAUGCCCCAGCCCCUGACAUAAAUGAUAGCAAAGUCGAAGAUCAUGGUGAUUUAAAUGAUAAUCAUAUGGAAGAAAUUGAUGAAACUGUCAUUCAGAAAGCAACCAAUGAGGUUACUAAUAGAGACUGUUCUUUGCAAGAAUCAACAAUUGAAGAGACAGCAGACAGGAAUGACGCAAACAGGCUCAUAAACACUACCGGAAGAAGUCCUCCCGUUCUAUCAGGACAGUCUGAUGAUCGAGAAGACCAUGAUAGGGACGAAUUAUCUGAUGGAGCAACUGCCGGAAGUCGGGAUAAUGGAAAUGCAGUCAGUCAGAUUGCAACUGCGGGUAUUGAAGGGACUGACACAUUUGAAAAGGUUGAUAUAGCCAUACUCACAGAAUCAAAUCUCAGUGAUAAGAAUUCUGGUAAAGAUAAUAAUUAUGCAGAUGCUGAUAAAGAUGGAAAUAGUGGAGGUAGUCGCAGUCGGAUUAUAAAUCUAUCUCGAGCUUCUAACAUGGCAUCACCUUCUGAACCCAGAUUUAUGCUUAGCAGACCAUUGUCAGCAACAGAAAGGGAUAGGCAUACUGACUUCGAGGAAGAUAGAAUACCUCUGCGAAGGAAUAGAUCUGAAUACUACAAUGUUCCUCAAAAUUUUGACAAUGAUAGAUACCAUGAUCGGUCAUUCAGAAAUUCUGGAACAAAUUUUGUACGUGGAAGAGGGAGAGGGCGAGGUUUUCGUCAACGUAUUGAAUGGGAUUCAGAUCGUGAUUUUGGUGCAGAUAUAAAAAAUUAUAAUCCAGGUAGUUACCGGUAUUUGAGAUAUAAAUGUGCUGGUGGUAAUGAUGCUGAAUUUGAGAGUAAUGGUUAUGGUAUAGCUACAAGUAGGUCUUCAGGUUUAGGAAGGGGUGGAAGUUCCUCUCGUCAUCAAUAUUCAAGGAGGCCCUCUCCUGGAGCUACGGAUGGAACUGGAACAAGGGGAACUCAAAUGUUGCGAAGAUUUCCAGGCAAUGCCAAUUCUAGUAGAUCAAUAGGCGAGCAUAAUUCUGAUUUUGUUGGAACAAGGAAUGGUGGGAAGUUCACGAGGGGUUUGCCCAAAGAUGUUGAUGAUAGUUCAUUUGAUCAUCCUCGGCAUGUGAAUGAAGUGGUAGAUGACCAAUUUGUUGGAGGGAGUAGAAACUUCUCUACAAGCGUCCAGAGGAGGGGUCCUCAUCGAAUCAGAUCAAAAUCGCCAGUAAGUUCCAGAAGUCGCUCUCCGGGCCAAUGGCCAUCUCGAAGAAGAUCAUCCGAUAAUUUGAUUGGACUUCAAGAAUUAAAUCAAUGCCGAUCUCCUACCACAUAUAGAAUGGAUAGAACAAGAUCUCCUGAUCCUUGUUUCUCUGAAGAGGCAAUGAGUAGAAGGGGUGGGUCUCCUCCCUAUGUGGCUCGACCUUCCCAUGAUUUAAGGAAUAUAGAGUCUGGAUCUGCUAAUCCAAAUCGAAGACGUCCAUAUGACAGACUUUUACCGGAAAGUACUAGUAGAAGAGUUAAUAUUACAGAUCCUCGUGAAAGGAGAGAUGAUGAAUUUUUCAGAGGGCCUAAUUACUCUGGUAGAUAUAAUGAUUACGGUGGUCCGGGAAGGGGUGAUGACAGAAGAAAAUAUGGCGAGAGGCGUGGACGUGGGCGUUCUUUUAGGCCAUCUUUUAAUGGUGCUGAUGGGGGUACUUAUCGGUUUAAUGAGAAUGGGAACAGGCCUUUCUGUCCAGAGGCAGAUUCAAAACAUAUUGAAAGAGGUGACUUAAGGGAAAGGGAGUUUGACAGGCGGAUUAAUUAUAAAACUGGGAUCUCGCCUAGUAGAACAAGGAACCUGGAGGAGGGUGGAAACCGACGUGGUGGACAGGUUUGGCAUGAUGAUGGAUUUGAUGAUGUCCCCGAAAUGAAAAGGAGGAAGUUUUAAAUUUAAUCUACCUAGUAGGCUAGAUUCUGUGAAAUAAUAAUGAGAAAUCUUCUUGCGAAAACAAUACACUGGGAAUUUUGUGAUACACCCUACAACAGUGCUCCAUGUAGUAGUUGCCAGAUUAUAUGUACCUGGGUGAGCAAGGAUAUGGUAAAGUAGCAAUGGUUGCGCUUCUAGAAUUCUGAUCUGAGAUAUGCUGCAAAGCACACUGACAAUCUUCUUUUCACUUGGGUUCUUGAAAUUAUGGAAGUGAUACUGAGAAAGCUGUUUUUAAGUUUCUCAUAUCUUAUGUGCUAACUUCAUAUUGCCUCGUAUUGUGCAGUCCAUGCUUGAGUGGUACGUGUAAUUGGUGCUUCUGGAAAUAAUUGUAUGAGUUUUAUUUUGUCCAAUGCACACAGGCUGCUGAGACUGAGAUCAGUUAGAUUAUGAUUAAUAAACGUUGUUGGCAACAAUAUCUUUCAUCUCCUUCUGAUGAAGUUAGUUAUAUUAACUUCUUGUAUGACUUCCAUAAGCUCCAUCAGAAGUGUACUUGACUAUAAUGGCACUAGUUUAGUGGCGGGGGGUAAAGUGAAAUUCAGAAGAAUGGUUUGCUGUUUUAUGUCUACACUCCGUAUUUACCACAAUAAUAGAUGGAUUACAUGUGCCGCAGAUGAAUAGAUGAUGCUUAAGCAUUUACCCUUGUUUUGCAUUGGUUGAUAUUCUACGUCUCUGAGCAUUUUCAAGAUUAUUUUGUUUCAGGCUCCUGCCUUACGCGGGGGAAUGGCUGAGAUAAUGGUACGCGGAGGUAAAGUAAAUUUUUUUGGCAAGUUAUUAAUGUAUUGCAAACUUGGAAAGUUGCUCAAAUUUCUUCUUGUGUUCUGGAAUAUAGAGUAGUCAACAGCCUAAGAGCUACCAGAACAGAUAAAAAUGAAGUGGUUAUAUAUGCUGGUGUGCAUUUUUAGACACCGUCUCUUUAGCUGCCUUGUAUGCUCUAGGAAUUUUUGUCUGUGGAAGUCUACUUAAACAUGGGUGGUUGCUAGGUUCUGAACUGUGAAACUUGGGGUUGCUGAUUGCUUUUGGAUAAAGUCAUUCUUGGGUGGUUAAGUCUUAGUAUAGUUGAAGUUGUCAAGGAUCUAAGCUUUUUGUGUUUGGUAGAUGAUGCUCUGGCUUUUCUACAGCAUUGCUUGGUACAAAACUGAAUUGUUGCUUAGUGAUUCCUUUUGUUAAUUUUUGCUGAACUAAGAAAAUUCCUUUCGAGACA